UCGAAAAGUUACAUACUGUAAAUGCAUCAGUACGACUGUUCGUACUGGUGCAUAAGAAUUAUAUAGAUUUUAAUUGUUCAUUUAAUCAAUCUUGUACCUUUUUAACUGAAGGAAUUGUUUUAAAAUCGUAUUUUUUGAGUUCAAGAGAUUGAUGUCGCAUUUUAUACAUUGCUGAAGUACUGCUAACUGUGACGCAAUAUGCGGUUCCACCUUAAUCGUUCCUUGAGUUGUCAUGCAUUCACUCAUACGUAUUUCUUUUAGUUGUAACUGAUCUCAUAUUUCCCAAAUUGAAAUUUAAGAUGGAGCCGCAUAUUAACAUGAAUUUAGAAAGAGGUGCAGGCGAUGCAAGAUCGAAAGUUGUUAUGACAGAGCCGCAUAUGAACUUGAAUUUAGACAGAGGCGAUAUCCCACACAGAUCCAAAGUUGUAAGUAGUGACUCACUGUGCUCUGAAUCGAAAUCCAGUUCUUUAAAUUCAAAACUUGAACAUGAAUCUGUGGAAAGUCAAAGCACUCAGUCCAAAGGAUCCCAGUCGCCAAGCAAAUCCGUAUGUUCAUCGUCCUCAACUUCGUCGGAAAACAUUCCUUUGACAGAGCUAAAGGCAAAACAGCGGGAGCCUCAAAUGCUGCACAAAGGAGAUGAACCUCCACUACUUCAAGGUGAAAAAAUUCCAGGAAAUUCACGUGCGAGGGACGUAACAUAUUUAUGUCCUUUUACGGGUCCUGUCCGAGGCAAUUUGUUUGUUACAAAUUAUAAGCUGUAUUUCAGAAGCAGUGAUAGAGGGGACCAACCAUUUAUAUUAGAUGUGCCUCUUGGUGUUGUCAGUAGAAUUGAAAAAGUUGGUGGAGCAAGUAGUCGAGGUGAAAAUUCUUAUGGUAUAGAACUCUUCUGCAAAGAUAUGAGAAACCUUCGUUUUGCUCACAAACAAGAAAAUCAUUCCAGGAGAGAUGUUUUUGAAAAGCUCCAACAAUACGCUUUUCCAGUUUCAAAUAAGCUACCUAUAUUUUGUUUUGAAUACCAAGGAAAAUAUUCUGUUAAUGGUUGGUCUGUGUAUGAACCUAUUGCAGAGUACAAGAGACAGGGACUACCUACUGAAAGUUGGAAAAUAACAAAGAUAAAUGAACAUUAUGAUUUAUGUGAUACAUACCCAGCAAUAUUGGCUGUUCCUGCUGCAGCUACUGAUGAAGACCUCAGAGCCGUGGCUAAUUUUAGGAGUAGAAGUCGUAUUCCAGUUCUCUCUUGGAUUCAUCCAGAAAGUCAAGCUACUAUUACCAGAUGUUCCCAACCUCUAGUCGGUGUAAGCAGUAAGCGUAGUAAGGAUGAUGAAAGAUAUAUUCAGAUGAUAAUGGAUGCCAAUGCUCAAUCUCACAAAAUAUUUAUUAUGGAUGCUCGUCCAAGUGUAAAUGCAGUAGCCAAUAAGGCAAGAGGAGGUGGAUAUGAAAGUGAAGAUGCAUAUCAAAAUGCAGAAUUGAUAUUUCUUGACAUCCAUAACAUUCAUGUCAUGCGUGAAAGUCUAAGAAAAUUGACAGAAGUGUGCUUUCCUUCUAUCGACGAAAAUCACUGGCUGGCUAACAUUGAGUCAACACAUUGGCUAGAACACAUAAGGUUUAUAAUUGCAGGUGCCUUGCGAAUUGCAGGUAAAGUUGAAAGCAACAAAACAUCGGUUGUUGUGCACUGUAGUGAUGGUUGGGAUCGUACUGCACAGUUGACUAGCCUUGCAAUGUUGAUUUUGGAUCCAUAUUAUAGAACAUUGAAAGGUUUUGAAGUUUUAAUAGAUAAAGAAUGGAUUAGUUUUGGCCACAAGUUUUCACAACGAAUUGGCCAUGGUGAUGAUAAACAUUCUGAUGCUGAUCGAUCACCUGUAUUCUUACAGUUCAUUGAUUGUGUAUGGCAGAUGACAUGCAAAUUUCCAAAUGCAUUUGAAUUUAAUGAACAUUUUCUGAUAACUAUUUUGGAUCAUUUAUACAGCUGCUUGUUUGGCACCUUCCUUUAUAAUUCUGAAUGCCAACGUGUGAAAGAGGAUGUAAAAAAUCGCACAGUUUCAUUGUGGUCUUUUAUCAAUAGUAACCAGAAUGAUUUUGUCAACCCUUUGUAUACUACACAUCAACAACAGCAUAUAUUGUAUCCUGUUUCAAGUAUGAGGUGCAUAGAACUGUGGAAAAAUUAUUACUGUCGUUGGAAUCCUCGUAUGAGACCUCAGGAACCUAUUCACAUACGAAGUAGAGAACUUCUAUCCAUAAAAGAACAACUUCAACGACAAAAAGAAGAACUGAAAAAAGAAUUAGAGUUGAAAAAUGCACGUAGCCUUGCAUCUUCGCCACAUAUAGCAACACCGGUGGCAGUAUAAUAUUUAAUGUAUUAGCACAUAUUAAUGCACUUCCUUAUAAGGGCUUUUUUGCGACAUAUAUUGCUUUUUAAGCUAUUUUCAAUUCAUUACCUCAGUUGAAUUUCAGAUAUUUUUAUAAAUUGUUAUAAAAGAUAUAUUAUAGCUACAAAUCAAUGUAAAAUGUACUUUUAAAUAAAUGACUUUCAUUAUUAAAAAUCAAAA